AUGGCAAACAUUUUUGACACUAUUAUAGAAGGACUCCUUUGCCCGGAUAAUAAUCGUAUAAAAGAGGCUACAGUUCAGUUAUAUGAGGCCUUCAAGCAACCGGACGUUCUAUGGAAUCUGUGCGAAGUCCUGACAUCCACUCAUGCUGUGGAGGUGCGUCAAAUGACAUCUGUUCUACUGGAUAAGCGUCUAUCGGAUAUUGGGGUCUGGAACGGGUUAUCCUUUGAUCAGCAGAUGGGCGUCAAGAAAUAUUUAUUGGAGGCUUUGGUAGCCGAAAAGGUGCGAGCAGUAAAGAGUGCCAUCGGCCGAGUUGUUGGCACAGUGAGUGGAUAUCAUAACGAGAAAAAGGAUCAAUGGAUUUCCGACGUUCUGAAGUAUACUUUCGAACGAUGUGUUCUGGAUCCUAAUGAGAGCGAAUCGGAUUCUUAUACUUUUUCUGCCAUAGCCGAAUCGGCUACAACACACUUAGCGGAUGAGAUGCCCACUGUAUGCAAGAUGUUUGAGACCAUCAUGGUUAAUUCCGAUGCCCAGAACACUUUAGCCUCACGCACUGUGGCCAAUAUGUUUAACGGAAUGGGAUAUCUGAUUCCAUUUCUAGGGGAAUACCCAGCAGGUGCUGAGUUGAUAGUCAAGUUGAUGCCUCUGAUAUUAAAGACAGUACAAUUAAAUGCUAUUAAUGGUGAUGGCGCGGAAUUUACCUUAGUCUUUGCUAUAUUCGAUGCCCUUGCAGAGUAUGUUCCGAGGGCCUUUCACGAUACCGAAGCCGUGGCGAAAUUACUUCUGGAUGCGUCGGCGUGUGAGCAAAUCGAGAAGACAAUUCGACUUCAAUGUAUGUCAUUCAUUUCUGAGUUUAUGCGUGUGAGUAAGACAGAAAUUCUCAGACAGAAUAUGCUGCUGCCCAUCGUAAGAGUUCUAUUUGAAUUGAUAUGCAAGCAACCGGCCGAUAGCGAGGAUGACGAAUUGGAUGGCAAUAGUUAUGCGGAGGGGGCCAGUCAUGCCCUCGAUGAGAUAGCCAUGAUUGUGUCAGGUGACCAACUUUUGCCACUCUUGUUUCAGUUAAUGGAGCCGGCUAUCCAAAGUACGAACAAUCUUACUCGUCGGGCAGCCUAUAACUGCAUGGGCAUAUUUCUCUGA